AAAUAUAAAAUUGUUGUUAUUUCUAUCGCUCCCGUCAUUUUUCUCAUUGCUUGGCUCUCUGCCGAUUUCCGAUUGGAAGAUCCCUAAUUCUUGUUGCGAAACUAAGGAAAGAUAGUUGAAGUUUUUUUUUUCCUGCUGAUUGAUUUGAGGUCUUCCGUUUCGCGGUGAUGGUAGAUCAGCCACCGGCGGAGGACGAGGGCCUUUCUCUUCCCCAGAGGACCGUCAGAGUUAACUCCGGCUGCCCUAGAGGCAUCUCCCUUCCGCCCCCUUCGCCUUCUUCGUGGCUCGAGAUUCGCUUAUUCUAUGUCCGUGUCUACCCCUGCGCCGUCGACGCCGUUCCGCCCCAGGUUACCCUCUCCUACCUCCGUCGCGAUGUGGGCGCCGUCAUCGAGAUCAACAGUGCACGCGUCCCCUCAUCCGAUCCUACCUCUCUUUCCCUCCGUCGCGAUCGCCUGGACCAUGACGCUGCUGAAGUAACUUAUGUGAGCACUGAUUCCGUGCGGAUCGCCGAAGCGGUUGAUUUUCAAAUCUGCGAUGAUCGGGGCAACCUACUGCUGCGCGGUUCUCUGGGGAGGACGGAGGCGCUUCUGAACAAUUCAUCCGUCAGUUUCGACCAACAUCAUUCGCCCGAUAAGAAUCCAAACGGAUGGAGCAUGGACUGUUACUCGGCAGCUUCAACUGGAGCGUCUGCUUUCGUGCAGUCCAGACUCGGGAUAUUUUCACCCUCUUUUGAGGUCUAUGUGGCUGGCUGUUUUGCAACGGUGCCGGUGAUCUUGACGCAGACUGUGCAGCUAAGUGGCAGGAGGAAGGCUGUUAGACCUGGAAAUCUUGACUCGAUUCCAGAGGAUGAAGAAACCUCAGGUCAUCAAGAGUUAGUUCUUCGAAGGGCAUCAUCAUCACUUGCAGAGGAAACUAAUGAAUGUGAUUUGAGUAUACACGAAAGGCAUGGCUACUACUAUCCUGGAGGUUGGUACUCCGAGGAGGACGAUGGGCAACUGACCUGGUUCAAUGCUGGUGUAAGAGUCGGUGUUGGAAUAGGAUUGGGAAUGUGUGUUGGAAUAGGAAUUGGCGUUGGACUUCUUAUGCGUUCGUACCGGGCCACCACCACUAACUUCAAAAAGGCGAUUCUUUUGACAUCCUUCUAGUCUUCUAGACCAAUUCUACGGUCUUUGCUUCGAGGUCGGUUUUAUACUACGAGAAAGUUUUGCCUUUACAGUUGCACCUUUUCCAUGUUUGGUAGGUUCCUGAGAUAGAAUGCUUAAAAAAAAUUUUGUUUUCCUAUAAAUGCUCAUGGAAGCUGUUCAUUAUGCAUAUAGAAGUCUUUUGUAAUACCUGUGUGAAGUAUAAAAAGACCCUCAUAGAUACCAUGUGGAUAGACUGAACUAAAUAUACAAUGGAGAUCCAUUUUCCUUU